AUGACGUCUUCGUUGAUUCGUCCAUCUUCACCAGCGGGCAAUAAUUGUCGAAUUGCACUUGCUGGAAUCGAUCUUUGGAUCACUCCGCGUAUCGAUAAUGUAUUUGUGUAUGACACAUAUUUGGAUAUUGAGCGACUUAAAGAAGCACUUAGUCGAACUUUAACUGCAUGGCCUUUAGUUUGUGGUCAAUUUCUUGUGCUUGAUGACGAAAAUUAUGUGAUUGAAAUGUCCGACAAUGCAAUUCCAUUUUCAUUGUGCAACAACACUGAGCUAGCGCGAUGGCCGCAUGACACAACUGUUGUAUUCAACUCUGUUGAUGGUCUUCUUCCACCAUUUCUUGAUGAAGUAAAAAGUGAACAAUUAUUGAAAAGUUCAUCAUAUGAGCCACUGUUCCGUUUGAAAGUCACUCGUCUCGUGCAAAGUGGUGAAUGGGUGAUGGGUACAAGUUGGGCGCAUGUUCUAGGCGAUGCAUUUGCUUGCUUGAAUUUCUUGCACACUCUUUCUUGCUUCUACCAACAAGUGGAGUGUCCAGUACUGGUUCCUAGUUUCGAACGUCGUUUGUGGCGCUGCGAAGAAGCGGACCAAUCACUUUUACCUACUAUGAAACAUCUAUGCGAUGCUGUAUCGGCUGAGGAGAACCUACGAAAGAUAAUGAGCGAGGAAUUAUCUCAUGAUCAAUUGAAUAUUCAUUUCUCAGGCAAACAACUUGGCAGAUUACGCACACUUUGUGAUGAUACAUCUCUGACAGUUCACGAUAUAAUGAUAGCCUACAUUAUUCUUACAUUGAAUACGUCAUGUUUUCAAAAGGAAGAAGAAAUUAUUCGGCACACCAACAAUAUUGUUAAUUAUCGUGGUGUGUCUGAUUCUAUUGCUCCACGUGAUCUUAUUGGUAAUUGUACGUUGAGAAUGAUAUCGGAGAAUUUCGAAGAUCCUUACUCACUGUCGAGCAUAGCUAGAUCAAUACGUCGUUCGAUUCUUCGAUCAAGAGAUCCACAAUUUCUCGAACAUUGGCUAGCAACUGCCGAUGGCCUCAUGAGAAAUAUGGCACGUAAUGGUCUUGAGGUUAAUAUUGAUCAUUUUCAGAAUGGGAUUAUAGUCAAUUCAAAUUUUCGAUAUGACUGGGCUCGAUCUGUCGAUUUAGGUCACACGGAUAAGUGUGGUUUUCAUACUGAUGGAACAGCAAAUUUAUUCUUACGAGUAUUUCGUCUCAAUCCAAUCUAUGAUGGUACUCAAUGGAAGACAAGAGAUCGGGAAGGAGCAGAAGUCGCGUUUCGUAUUGAAAAGGAUAUGAAAAAAACAUUUCUUGAUGUAUGGCAACGAGAUAUUCAUGAAAAUUUUGUCCAUGUUAAAAAAUAA